ACAGUGACUCAGAGUGAAAGAGUCAGUCAGCUCAGACUCCAUGUUGACUGAAGAGAACAUGGAGGAGGACACGGUGAGUUUUAAUCAGACUCCAUGUGGAGGAAGAGAAGAGAACAUGGAGGAGGACACGGUGAAGCCGACACGACUGACUUCAGAUCAGAAGAUGAGUGGUUGUGUGGAGGAAGAGGAGGACGGAGCAGAGUCUCUAGUGUCCGGCUGUCUGUCCAUGAAGAGUGACCGGUCCAUGAGACACCCUCCAACCUUCAGUCCUGAACCUGGACCCUCAGACACAAAAGUUUCGUACAGACAGAGAGCAGAGUCUCUAGUGUCCGGCUGUCUGUCUGUGAAGAGUGACUGGUCCAUGCCUCACCCUCCAUUCUUCAGUCCUGAACCUGGACCCUCAGACACAAAAGAGAGGAAGAGGAGUGAUGAGGAGGAGCAGCCGUCCUGCUGUGCUUCCUGUCAGGACGUCCUGAAGGAUCCCGUCUCUAGCAGCUGUGGACACAUCAGCUCAUACUGGGACCAGUCUGCUUCAUCAGGAGACUCCUCCUGUCCCCAGUGUGGACAGAGACCCAGAAGCAGACUGGGACUGCAGACAGCCAGUCAGAGCAGCAGUGAACUGAUGGCUGGUGGUCUGCAGGAGGUUUUAGAUGAUUAUAAGAUCAGUCUGAGGAGGAGAUGUGAACGUGUGACUGAAGGAAGUGAUGCAACAGGAAGUGGAACCCUCCUCAACAGGAUCUACACUGAGCUCUACAUCACAGAGGGACAGAGUGAAGAGGUUGAUACCCAACAUGAGGAGAGGCAGCUGGAGACAGCUUCCAAGAAGAAGACCGUCCACGACGCUCCAAUCAGGUGCCAGGACAUCUUUAAAGCCUUACCUGACCAACAGGGACCCAUCAGAGUGGUUCUGACCAACGGCGUCGCUGGCGUUGGAAAAACCUUCUCGGUGCAGAAGUUCAGUCUGGACUGGGCAGAGGGUUUGGAGAACCAAGAUGUCAGUGUGGUGGUUCUGCUUUCCUUCAGGGAGCUGAACUUGAUCAGAGAUGAGCAGUACAGUCUUCUGGAGCUGCUCCAUGUUUUCCAUCCAACAUUACAGAAGGUCCCAGCAGAGAAGCUGGCCGUCUCUAAACUUCUCUUCAUCUUUGACGGCCUGGAUGAAAGCAGACUUUCUCUGGAUUUCACCAACAUGGAGGUUGUGUCUGAUGUCACACAGAAGUCAUCAGUCAACGUGCUGCUGACAAACCUCAUCGAGGGGAAUCUGCUUCCCUCGGCUCUCGUCUGGAUAACUUCCCGACCCGCGGCGGCCAAUCAGAUCCCUCCUGAGUGUGUCGACAGGGUGACAGAAGUACGAGGCUUCACUGAGGCCCAGAAGGAGGAGUACUUCAGGAGGAGGGUCAGUGAUGAAGAGCGCUCCAGCACAAUCAUCUCACACAUCCAGACAUCCAGGAGCCUCCACAUCAUGUGUCUGAUCCCAGUCUUCUGCUGGAUCACUGCUACAGUUCUGGACCACAUGUUGACUACAGAGCAGAGAGGAGAGCUGCCCAAGACCCUGACUGACCUGUACUCACACUUCCUGCUGGUUCAGACCAAGAAGAAGAAGCAGAAGUAUGAUGAGGGACAUGAGACGAGUCCACAGGAGCUGACGGAGGCUGACAGAGAAGUUCUUCUGAAGCUGGGGAGGCUGGCGUUUGAACAGCUGCAGGAAGGAAACAUCAUGUUCUACCAAGAAGACCUGGAGCGCUGUGGUCUCCAUGUCACAGAGGCCUCGGUGUACUCAGGAGUUUGUACAGAGAUCUUCAGAAGAGAGAGUGUGAUCUUCCAGAAAACAGUCUACUGCUUCGUUCAUCUGAGCGUUCAGGAGUUUCUGGCUGCAGUCUACAUGUUCCACUGUUACACCACCAGGAACACAGAGGUACUGGAGGCUUUUCUGGGGAAAAGAGUAGAAGAGAAUAAAGAAGAAGAGGAUGAUGAUGAGGGUGAUGAUGACUGGGACAAUAAAAACAGUGACCGGUCCCUUCCUGACUUCCUGAGGAGAGCCAUGAAGAAAUCCCUUGAAACUAAAAAUGGCCACCUGGACCUGUUUGUCCGCUUCCUUCAUGGCCUCUCUCUGGAGUCCAACCAGAGACUGUUAGGAGGCCUGCUGGGUCAGACAGACAACAGGCCAGAAGUCAUCCAGAGAGCCAUCAACAACCUGAAGAAGAUGAACACUGACUAUGCUGACUACAUCAACACCUCUCCUGACAGAAGCAUCAACAUCUUCCACUGUCUGACGGAGAUGAACGACCUGUCAGUCCAUCAGGAGAUCCAAGAGUUCCUGAAGUCAGAGAACAGAUCAGAGAGACUCUCUGAGAUCCAGUGCUCAGCUCUGGCCUACAUGCUGCAGAUGUCAGAGGAGGUUCUGGAUGAGUUGGACCUGGAGAAGUACAAGACAACAUACGAGGGACGACGGAGACUGGUUCCAGCUGUGAGGAACUGCAGGAAAGCUGUACUUUCUGACUGUUACCUCUCUGAGACUGACUGUGAAGUCGUGGCCUCAGCUCUGAAGUCCAACCCCUCCCAUCUGAGAGAGCUGGACCUGACCUACAACGACCUGGAGGAUUCAGGAGUGGAGCGGCUGUGUGCCGGACUGGAGAGUCCAAACUGCAGACUGGAGACUCUGAGACUUUCUUCCUGUGGACUCUCUGAGACUGAAUGUGAAGUCGUGGCCUCAGCUCUGAAGUCCAACCCCUCCCAUCUGAGAGAGCUGAGCCUGAGUGACAACUACCUGAAGGGUUCAGGAUUGAAGCGGCUGUGUGCUGGACUGGAGAGUCCAAACUGCAGACUGGAGAUUCUGAGGUCAGUUCCUGUGUUGUGCUCACACACAGUGUAUAUCUGCUGAAUUUAAAUCAUGAUUGAGGUUUCAGAUGUAGUUUGGUUCCUUUGUUUUCUGAGUUUGCCUGAGCACAGAUCUGUAACCCAGUUUGUCGGUCCGUUCUCU